AUGAUCCUGUUAGCCUUGCUAUUCGUCUAUCGGCUAAAGAUGAUAGACCCCUCUAUUAGAGGUCAACCGGGUAGCGAGUAUCGCCUCUUGACGGUUGCUCUCAUAUUAGCAAACAAAUUUCUGGAUGAUAACGCAUACACGAACAAGACUUGGGCCGAGGUUUCCAGCAUCUCUGUGCAGGAUAUCCGAGUUAUGAAGUUUGAGUUUCUGAGCUAUAUGCAGUACGCUGUCUUGACUUCGAUGGAGCAGUGGGAAGAGUGGCUGGACAGGCUGGCCCUAUACUACGCUAUCUGCGAACAAGUCUCCCACGGAUCGUCUUCGUUAUCCAGGAUUGUGCCAUCACCCACGCUUCUAAUUCCCUCGUCAGCCAUUGCCAAAGGGGUUUCGCUAGUGUUCUCACCAACCGCGGAUUCACCAGCCAUAUACCAGUCAGCACAGAACGGAUUUGCACGGACAAAUAGCGGUAGAGUCCACGCACGAUGUACAGUUCCAGCGAACUCAAUACCAAUGAGAUACCUUGAGACUGUCAGCAGAGUUCCAAUAUCACUCAGCCAGCGAUCUGAUUCUGGAGGCCUGAAUGAUAGGAAGCGAAAGAGGGCCGAUCAAGUCACUAGUGACGCAAACUACAUACGCAAAUACAAGCACCUCUAUGCAGCAGUAGCAACAACAGGCAGCUCUCUAUGCAGUAUCACUUCCUCUGCUGAAACCAGAAUCUCGAGCCAUGUUAAUGGUCUGCGCGCCUCCCACAACUACCUCCUGAGCUCCUGCGUCGAGGAUGAUAAGCAGCGCUGCUACACAGCGGGAUCUAUGCGACAGCUAAAAGGAAACAGCCGGACUCACACAGGAUUUGCAUCCUUCAAAGGUAGCUACCCAACAACUCAGUAUCCCCCGAAAGCACACUAUCCAACAACGUCGAACGCAACCUUCACCAGGCCUACUAAGCAACUAAGCCUGGUCACAACGCUGAUACCAGCCGCUGCAUAUAAUGCGUCCUCGCCCCUUCAUGAUUAUCCUUAUAACAGUAGCUUCCACACGCCUAUUACUCAUUUCUCAUUUAUCUGUCUGCAGCAGCAGGAUAGUCCCUACAAGCGUAUGCGCCAUGUGCGCACCCGGCGCAACCUAUACCCACCCUUGAGCCUGCAGAGCUAUCCGCAGCCCGCCACCCCGCCGAAUCAGAUACACUACCAACCCAUUGGUUGUAGGAACGACCUGCAGAUCAGCAUUGCGCUCGAGCAUCGAGUAUAA